AUGGCGACCUCGCAACCUCCCAUCCGACUUACCUCGCAUAAGAAUUUUGUCUACCGCCUCGUGUUCUCUGCCCUCACCGGCCGCACUGUCCACAUCUCGCAGAUUCGUCCUUCAUCUCCUACAAACCCGGGUCUUGCACAGCACGAAAUUUCAUUCCUUCGGUUGCUCGAGGCUGUCACCAAUGGCUCGCAAAUGGAGAUUUCGUACACCGGUACGAUCAUUGUCUUCAAACCAGGCUUGAUCACAGGGAGCGGUUCGGGCGCUGGAGCUAGCAGCGGUGGUGUAAUUAGACAUGAGAUUCCAGCCGGGUGUACUCGCGGUGUCAGCUACUUCCUCAUUCCUUUGUGUCUUAUGGCGCCGUUCUCCAAAGCCCCGAUGAAGGUCCUCUUUACCGGUCCCGGUGUGAUCACCUCCUCAACUCCAACCGGCGAUAUGUCCGUGGACAGCGUUCGAACUGCAAUCCUGCCGCUCUUCAACCAGUUUGGUAUCUUCAACAACAUAGAGUUGCGCGUCCUCAAGCGAUCAAAUCCCGGUCCCAACGGAAGAGGUGGUGGUGGUGAGGUUCAACUGGUCUUCGGCCAUCAAGUUCGGCUACCCAAGACUCUACACCUGAUGAACGCUGGCAGGAUCAAGAGGGUGCGCGGUGUGGCAUACUCCGUCGGUGUUUCGGCCUCAAACAAUGCCAGAAUGAUUGACACUUGCCGUGGUGUCCUCAACCCGCUUGUCCCAGACACUUAUAUCUUCUCGGAUGUAUCUUCGGCUCCGCUCGUACCCGCGAACGACAGGAAUAACCCGUCGGCGAAGAAGAAGAUUGGUCUCGGUUUCGGCUUGUCUUUGGUCGCAGAAUCCUCAACCGGCUGUCUGUUCUCCGCCGACGUGGCAUGCCCUCCUAGUGGUGGUCAGCCGCCUGAAGAUAUCGGCAAACAAUGCGCAUAUCAGCUGCUCGAAACGAUAUCAAAGGGCGGCUGUGUCGCACCUGCGGCUUUCGCGACGAUGAUCGGAUUGAUGACCAUGGGCUCGGAGGACGUUGGACGUAUCCAGGUCGGUCGUGAUAUCGUCGGGGACGAGAGCUCGAUUCAACUUGCAAGAGAUCUAGUCAAGUUCGGUGCCCCUGGCUGGGGCUUGAGAGAUGCCAGUGACGAUAGCGGCGAUGUCAUUAUCAGCAUUGUUGGACGUGGUAUUGGCAACGUGGGACGAAAGGUCGCUUGA